CUAUUUCUUUACGCGGUCGCUUUUGCCGACUCCGAAGACGACCAGAAAAGGGCAAAUAGCUGCGUCGGACGAACUAUAAGAGAGGGAGAAGGAAGAAGGUUGUAUCUCGACUUCUUUCAGAUUAAUCGUUUCGUUCCUCGAUUGAUCGCCUUCCGUCUAUCUCGUCGUCAUCGCCGCCAACACCAAACCACCCUCCCCCGUGCGCAACUCUCUUGAUGGGAACGCCGGAAUUCCCUCAUCUCGGGAAGCAUUGCAGCGUUGGCGAUUGCAGGCAGAUCGAUUUCCUGCCCUUCACCUGCGACCGCUGCAAUCAGGUUUUUUGUCUGCAACAUAGGGGUUAUUUCAAUCAUCAAUGCCCUAACGCCAAUCAGAAUGAUGUGACAGUCUUAAUAUGCCCACUAUGUGCUAAAGGAGUUCGUCUGGUCCUAGGUGAAGAUCCAAACGUAACUUGGGACUCACAUGUUAAUACUGACUGCGACCCUUCAAACUACCAAAGAGCAACCAAGAAAAGACGAUGUCCUGUCCCUGGUUGCAAAGAAGUACUGAGUUUAUCUAACUCGGUCAGAUGCAAGGAUUGUACUGAAGAACACUGUUUGAAGCAUAGAUUUGGGCCUGAUCACAAAUGUCCUGGGCCAAGGAAACCAGAUUCUGGUUUCUCAUUCGGAGGUAUGUUUAAUAAGAACCAAAAGGGGAAGUCACUGCAAGAUAGAAGUUCAAAUAGUUCCUCAUGGUGGGGUUCAAGCUUGAUGAAGGCAGUGUCCAAUAUCCGUGCCUCGGCCGAAUCAGGCAUGAUGAAGGUGAAUAAUGUGACCACACAAGCUUUACAGAAGGCAAAAAGUGGAACUGCUGAAAGCAGCAGUGGUGGUGAGCUUGUGGAACAGUGUGUUCAAUGCCGAGCAAGGUUUUCAACUGUUUCUGCUUUAAUUGAACAUGUAGAGAGAUCUCAUCAGCAAAGUUCUCGAGCAGGUGGCAAUAGAGUGACGAUUGAUGUUUGCCCAAAAUGUAGCAAGGGAUUUAGAGAUCCGGUAGCGCUGGUGGAGCAUGUUGAGAGGGACCAUUAGAGGGAACUCCCUUUCAUAGUUGUGCAUUCCAAUCUGUUUGACAUGCUCCCAUUUUUUUUUAUUAGUGCCUGAUUGCUACAUUAGUGGAAGUGGUAAAUGUGUUCUAGUAUCUGAUCAUUCUAUUUAUAGAAAUAUAUACUUUUGGAUGCAAGGUCAA